AUGGCCACUGCUGAUCAUGACCAUCAACACGUAUGUUGUGAUGGCACCGUAUCAGCGCGUUUUGAUGGCGAUGAGGAGUUCUUGCAAGAGUUCGUUUUCGGUACAUCAGCAUUUCAGGUGGAUUUUGUUGGUACGAUGGCCAAAUAUGUUCUUGACAUCAUAUCACCACUUGAAAUGGUCUCCUUCCCAGAUGACGUCCCGCCCAACCUUAGAGGAGUCACCCGAUUUUAUUCACUCCGACCGCCGAGCAUCUCAAUCCACGCGUAUCUGAAACGCUUGGAAAAGCACUUUUUGUGCUCCCGAGAAUGCUACCUGAUUGCUCUCAUCUAUCUGGACCGUGUUUCGGAUAAUCACUCUCAAUUUCGGAUAACCAGGAGGAGUGUUCACAAAUUUUUUCUCAUUGCCUUGGUGAUAGCAGUAAAGUACUUUGACGACCAUUACUACGAUAAUAAAUAUUAUGCACACGUUGGUGGCGUGAGAGUGGCAGAGCUCGAUGGACUGGAGGCUGCUUUUUUACAGCUCAUUGAAUGGCAUCUAUUCGUUCCAGCGGAAGAGUUCACUCUGUGCGCUAAGAGAUUCUUGAUGAUGGGUUGCCGUGUAACCUCUACAGAUUGA